AUAUUCCUCCUAGCCUGUGAAGCUAACCAGACAGACUGUAAGCUAGCACAGAAGAUAUAAACUAGACAAAGAAACCUUGUGAAGACAGACUGAGUGAAAAACAGUCUAAAGUAACGGAGGAGGGUGAAAGGAGCGACUGUGACACAAAACCUACAUGCGUUACUCGAUAUAUAUGGAAGUAUGAAAUUGAAAGAGUGGAACAUGAAGAUGGGGCCAUGAAGGAUCCUGUGAUAACUUAGGAAAAAAACUGCAUCUUUGUACAUUUCAACCAUUCAAGAGUGCUUUAAGGACAGAAAGUGAGUGGUACCCCGAAGCCAGUGAUGUCACGGGUUCCCACCCCUCCUCCUCCUGGGGAGAUGUCAAGUGGACCUGUGGCAGAAAGCUGGUGUUACACACAGGUCAAAGUUGUGAAGUUUUCGUACAUGUGGACCAUAAACAACUUUAGUUUUUGCAGAGAAGAAAUGGGGGAGGUGUUGAAGAGCUCCACCUUCUCCUCUGGCCCUAAUGACAAGAUGAAAUGGUGUCUGCGAGUCAAUCCAAAGGGACUUGAUGAUGAAAGCAAAGAUUAUCUGUCACUGUAUUUACUUCUUGUUAGUUGUCCAAAAAGUGAAGUCAGAGCAAAGUUCAAGUUUUCUUUGUUGAACGCUAAAAGAGAGGAGACAAAAGCGAUGGAAAGCCAAAGAGCAUAUAGAUUUGUCCAAGGCAAAGACUGGGGCUUCAAAAAAUUUAUAAGGAGAGAUUUCCUCCUUGAUGAAGCCAAUGGACUCUUACCCGACGACAAGCUCACCCUGUUCUGUGAGGUAAGCGUUGUCCAGGACUCGGUUAACAUUUCGGGCCAGUCCAACAUGAACAUGCUGAAGGUACCGGAGUGUCAGCUGUCUGAUGACCUGGGGAACCUGUGGGAGUGUUCACGCUUCACAGACUGCAGCCUCUACGUGGGAGGGCAGGAGUUCAAAGCCCACAAAUCCAUCCUAGCAGCGCGGUCACCGGUCUUUAAUGCUAUGUUUGAACAUGAAAUGGAGGAGAGUAAAAAGAACCGUGUUGACAUCAGUGACGUGGACCCGGAUGUCUUUAAGGAAAUGAUGGGCUUCAUUUAUACGGGAAAGGCCCCGAACCUGGAGAAGAUGGCAGACAAUUUGCUGGCAGCUGCAGAUAAACUGAGCUCAUGCCAACUGCCCUACCCUGAAAUUAUCUUGGGACACAACUCUGAUAAACAGUACGCUCUGGAGCGUUUAAAGGUCAUGUGUGAAGAGGCCUUGUGCAACAGCCUUUCAGUGGAGAAUGUGGCCGACACCCUCAUCCUAGCAGACUUGCACAGUGCCGAGCAGCUCAAAGCACAAGCCAUAGAUUUUAUCAACAGGUGCAGUGUCCUGAGACAGCUGGGCUGUAAAGAUGGAAAGAACUGGAAUAGCAAUCAUGCUACAGACAUAAUGGAGACUGCAGGCUGGAAGUCAAUGAUCCAAUCCCAUCCUCACUUGGUAGCCGAGGCCUUCCGUGCCCUGGCUUCAGCACAGUGCCCACCCUUUGGUCUUCCCAGGAAGCGUCUAAAACAGUCCUGACCGCCUGACUGUGCCCCAGGACUUUACUGGAGGUGUGAAGCAUGGGUUUACAAAGGAAGGACUAGCGAGGGUACCACUCUUUAUUUCCACCAAAACUGAACACACUUGAAUAAAGAAGAGUGGAGCUUUCUGGCCAGGGAUUUGGGGAGGCUGGCACUUGGACGACUGACAUCCGUGGAUUGGGGGGAAAAAAUUGGUAAAAUUGGUGUCGCUUGCUUGCUUUGCUGCCCCAACUGAAUUCAGUUCAGCCCGGGUAGCAAGUCAAGCUGUCUGCUACUGUUUUUUUUCCUGUAAUUUUAAAAAUGGCCUUAAUAUAUCUGCCAUUGCUCUGGAGCUGCUCCAGAGUACUUUGUCUAUUUUACUCUGUGCCUGCCUUGUCACAAAGACCAGGCCCUCCUCCAGGUUGCACUAGUUCCCAUGAAUAGUCAUUUUGAUAUGGAGUUCUAUAGGAACGUAACAAAGGUUUAACUAAAUGGGAAAUAUUAUAUAUUUGUAAUGUUUAGCCCGUUUUGUGACUAGACAUUAAAAAGCAUGAACACUUUCAGUGCAAGGUCAGUUCUUUACACUUUUUAAAAGAUGUGUAUGCCCCAUAUUGAUGGCACCAUUUCUAUGUAAAUGACAGUUGAACCAUCUUCAGAAGACCAGUGUACAAGAAAGUCUGUUCUAUUGCAUAUUUGUGGGGGAAAUUGUAAUCUGCCAUUAUGAAGACCCAGUGUCAAUCCUUAUAACACGCGUAAGACGGAAAAAAAGUGUCUAUACUUUGGCCCUAAUAUAUAAAACCAUUGGAAGUAUUUACUCAGUCUCCCAUUUGAAUGACAUCUUCCAGAUCAUACGUCUGUGAACCGUUCUAGAUUAAAUUUUGAGAAUCUCUGUCCUUUAGUAUCGCCAACUUGCAAAUAUUAUAUAUUCUCAAUAUAUUGUGGUUAACUAAAAGUGGAGAGACUAAUGCAUGGUCAUGUUAUUGUCAAAGAAAGUGUCCAAGUACCAAUUUUGUUUUUAACAAUUUAUUUUCUGCAAUUAUCUGACAUUUUUGUGCAGAAUGAAAUGAAUUGAGUAUGUGCAAAAAUUUCCUCUUUAACAUGCUUGGAUAUUUGUAGGAUGCUGAGCAUCACUUCUACUGGCAAUGUUAUUCUGUGUUUGAAUGGGGGGGGUUGUCAUGUUUAUUCAGUCCGUCUCGUAUGUAGUGUGGUGUGACCGACACUUCAGAGGAUUUUGUAAAUUAAAAGAGUAGCAUCGUUUUUACAUGAUAUUACUCAUCAUUCAGAGUCAUGUUGAGAUGUUGAAACUUCUUUUGUUUGGAAGCAAAAAAGAUGAAGUUGUUGUCUGCAAGAAUGCCUGCAUUAACCCAUUAAACCAUUUUCCAGCAGUC